AGACAGUUUGAGAGAAAGAAGUUUAGCGCUGGAUUGGAGAACAAGGAGUGGAAAGACGUCUGUCUGUUUCUUUUAUUUAUAUACUCACCUUACCUGUAAACAGCGCUCUCCAAUUGUGUCACUUCGCAGGAGUUACACCUCUUUUGACAUACGUGGGGCUACUGAGCUUCGAAAUGAGCUUUUUGUUUGGAAGUCGCUCGUCUAAGACGUUUAAACCAAAGAAAAACAUUCCAGAAGGCUCCCACCAGUAUGAACUUUUAAAACAUGCAGAAGCUACCUUGGGAAGUGGCAAUCUUCGUAUGGCUGUUAUGCUACCCGAGGGGGAGGAUUUGAACGAAUGGGUUGCAGUAAACACUGUAGACUUCUUCAACCAGAUCAACAUGCUUUAUGGAACUAUCACUGAUUUUUGCACUGAACAAAGCUGUGCUCUUAUGUCUGCUGGGCCCAAAUACGAGUACCAUUGGGCUGAUGGAACCAAUAUAAAGAAGCCAAUCAAAUGUUCAGCACCAAAGUACAUUGAUUACUUGAUGACCUGGGUACAGGACCAGUUGGAUGAUGAGACCCUCUUCCCAUCAAAAAUAGGUGUUCCCUUCCCAAAGAACUUCAUGUCCGUGGCAAAGACCAUCUUGAAGCGGCUGUUUCGAGUGUAUGCCCACAUUUAUCACCAGCACUUUGACACUGUGAUUCAGCUUCAGGAAGAGGCUCAUCUCAAUACUUCUUUCAAGCACUUUAUCUUCUUUGUUCAGGAAUUCAACUUGAUUGACAGGAAAGAACUUGUACCUCUGCAAGAGCUGAUCGAUAAGCUUACCACCAAGGACAGAUAAAUGGAGAUAAAACAAAAAGAAAAUAUUUCCUUCAAACAGACUAACUAACUAUUCUUUGAUUUCUCUCUUUUUGUACAGACAGUCUGGCUUUGUUCUAUGUGCUACAGUAUGUGAAAUGUUUAGGGGAAUGUCUUUUAGCAAGAUAGGAAAAUGGCAGGCUUUGAUGCUUAGCAGAUUGUUGGCAAGUCUUCUUUAGACGGGCAUUUUUAAUGUGGGUACUCUUUUAGAUUGUUGGUGGGUGAUUUGCUAUAGUGGCAACUUUAGAACACCCCUAAAUAGUACACCCUUAAAACUAAUUUCUGAUUCAAGUGCCUAGUGAGGUUCACAGGUAUGGUGGGACAAACCUACUACAUACAGAUACUGUAACAAUUAGAGAUUCAUUCAGAAAAUGUCUGCUUUAAUUUGGGAAGAUUUUCAUAAUCUGACUUUAAAGUCACUGCUGUUGUUGUUAUUAUUUUAUUUGUUUAUUUAUAUAUUUAAGUUUUCUUAUUUGAUUGGUCAAGUAAAUUAAGUAACUCUACUUUUAAUGACACAUUGUGUUGUAAUAUGAGGAAUGUCAAAAGUAAAGAUUUCGUUUAGAUGGAAAUGUAAGACGAUUUAUCUUAGACGUACUUGGUCAUCACAUUUAAGUAUCAAACUGGGGAAGCAGAAGUUUUGCUUUCUACUUCUGUGUUCUGUGCCAGGUGUAUGGAUCAGUGCAGGACUAAAAUCGCAGGCUUUUAGUAAGUCCUCGAUAGUCACCUUUUUGGAUCGACAGUUCAUAUCAAAUAUAGUCUGACAAAACUUGUAUAUUAGAACAUAAUAUACCAAUUGGAGAAUUCUAUUAUAAACACCAUGUGAAAGACGCAGAAAGCAUUUGCUAAUGUUAUAAAUCUAUAAACAACUGACUUAAGUGCAUACAGCGUAGUUGUUUCAUGCUAGUUCUGUAACAUUACCGUACAGUUUUAGCUUUUACAAGUUUUACACUUUAGUAAAUGUUUUAUGAACCUGGUCCUAUGUAGUUUCCAUGAAGGGACCAUAUACAUAAACUUAGAAUAACCAUUUACUAGGCAGUAGUUUGGAUAUUUUUCAAACCAAGGGUAAGAAGAGCAUUAUGUGAUACAAUAAGAGCUAUUGUAACUUUGAUAACAUUUUCUGCAGUCUGUAUUUUUAAUUAAACAUAAUUACUUCCCUUGGGAAAUAUGUGCUAAUUUACCAUUCCAGCUAAAGUAAUUUUCAAAGCUCAUUGAGUGGUAUUCAAUUUUAGUGGCUUUUUUAGACUACUGAACACUUACUGAACACUUCAGGAAGAGAAGUUGCCAUGGAACAACCGGGUUUUAAAAUCUCUUUUUUUUUUUUCAUCCCCCUUUGACUUUGUUUUGUUUUCAGUACACCUGCACAGCAAUGGCUUGCAGUGCCCCACGCUGGGAAAGUAUAGUAAAUGCCCAUCACUGUGACACUACUCUAGUUCAAUGCCAACUACAUGAGACAGCAUUCUUAACAGACAGGAAGGUGUAUUGCGUUUCCAAAUUCCUUUCAGGCACUCCUCCUUACCCAAGGAACCUCACAUAGUGUUGAAGAGAAUCUCUGGUCGUCAAAUGCAGUUUGGGUUGGAACGUCAGUCCCCACUUGGCAUUUAACUCAAGUGCUCUGUAUCAGGUGACAGCUUGGCUGCUUUGAUAAAGCCCUCCUCAGGACGCCCCUGCAUUUUCCCAGCAAGUGCCAGACUUUUUGAUUCUACUACAUUGUAUGAACUGAAUAUAGCACUUGGGCAUGUAAGUAUAGUGACUCACUGUGAGCAAUAGCUGAGCCAGAGUCCUAUGGUAAAAUAUAGUCAAUCUCUAGCUUACUAUGCAAUUUAUUAGUACAUUGUCGUUUCCAUUGCACUAGAGUGGCAUUUGUAUUUGAAAUCUUGCAGAACUUAGUACAGCAACUUCUAGAAACUAAUGGUUUUUGGUAUGAACACUAACACUAAUAUUAAAGAUUAUUUUGCUGUGAAUGUGUUUUUUUUUUGUUUUUUUUGUUUGUUUUUUUUAAACCCGUACAGUAAUUGAGGUUAGGGGAUACUAAUUUUCUUCACUUUCCACUGUACAAAGGGUGGUGGUGGUGGUGGUGAAAGGGGUGAGGGGAUUAGGUUUUAUUUAUUGAUUUAUUUAUUUUUAAUAAUGCAGUUUGUAGCUUUGAAUUUUAACAGUAAAGCUAUCCCUUGGAAAUCCUAGUUUUAAUUUAGUUUGUUUUUGUUUUGAAGAUUUUCACUUUCAAGCGGAGAAUUUUUGUUAAAUAUAUUUGAUUUGCUGCUAAUUGAAUACUAUUAAGCUAGAUAAUUAGAAACAUAUGAUUAAAUGUACUGUCACAUUAUCUCAAUACUUUUCUGUAUUUAGUUAUUUUGAAAAUGGUGUGUUUCAACUUUCAUAAAAAGAGAGAGAAAAAAAAUGCUAUGGGAAUUUUGUUUGGCAAAUGUUUAUAGGGGCAGCAGUGUGGAGUAGUGGUUAGGGCUCUGGACUCUUGACCGGAGGGUUGUGGGUUCAAUCCCCAGUGGGGGACACUGCUGCUGUACCCUUGAGUAAGGUACUUUACCUAGUUUGCUCCAGUAAAAACCCAACUGUAUAAAUGGGUAAUUGUAUGUAAAAAAUAAUGUGAUAUCUUGUAACAAUUGUAAGUCGCCCUGGAUAAGGGCGUCUGCUAAGAAAUAAAUAAUAAUACCUCCAUAUGCUUAAGGGGGAGAAAAUGAUCUGUGGUACUUUAAAUGAAGUGUGCCAACUGUUUUAAACUAUUUACAAAUGGAAUAAGGGGGGGCGCAUUGCAUUCCAUUUCUAAGAAUGCCCUUUGAGAAAGUUUUAACUUUGUUUUGAUUAUAGGGAGUUCUACAAAACAUUGUGCAAAUAAAGAUGUAAAUAAUGUAUACAGACUGUUGUAUGUGGUGGGGUUUGAAAUAUUUAAAGUUGUGGUAUGAUGCUAAAUGCUGUUUAUAUGAACAAUAAAAGUUAUGUUUGACCAGACCGAUAAGA